CAUUGUGUUUGUCCGCACUUUCUGAGAAGCAGUGACGAGUUGAGUGUUUCGCUUUGACAGUGUUCGCGAAAUAACGUCUAUCAGGCAGUCUACUUAAGCGCUAUCAAGGAUGCGCUGAUGAAUUGCAGAGAGGAUGAAGUGCCCUAGCUGUGGAAACACAGACUUGCUUCCUAAGUUUAAGUGUUGUCCAGAAUGCGGUUCUCCUCUUUCACAUGCUCAAAAUAUUCCGCGCAAGAUUGAGCGUGGUGAACAUGGAGUCGAAACAACACUACUGCAGCAAAGUGCUGCAUCGACAAGUGAUUACGGUGAUCUUGGACUAGAUAGCAGGUCAAUUCAAGGGAAUAGCCAUCAGCAGAACGUUAAAACCACAGAGAGACAACAACCACAAUCCUUAACUAGCCCACAACCCGGAACUAUAUCACAGCCUAACAAGAACUGUGGUUCUGUUACUCAUCAAGGCGAUGAAACGCCAAAUGAAGAAAGAACUGGGUUAUCGGAAAGAGAACAGCGUCCGGAAUAUGCUUCCUCCAACUCGUCUGAUUCCAUCCUCAGCGGAGCUGUUGACUCGAAAGAGACAGUUGUGACUGGUAGUAUCCGCGGCCCGGAAACACCAACCGAAGAAAGAGCUGAAUCAGCGAUAAACGAUCAGCACCAAGAAGGCACUCCAUCCACCUUGUCUCGUCAAGGUCCUGAGAAAGCUGUGGAAUGCAAAGAAGCAGCUGUGACGAAUACAACCAACGAAACCAAUGGUGAUCAGAAGGAUUUGUCUUGUGCUGCACCAAAUACUCCUUCUCCGCCUCUAGAAGAGCAGAAAGAGCCCAUUGUCAACCAGGACCUUAAUGGCGGUAACACAACAACUGACACUGUUGUGGUGGUUGCUGAAACAGUAAGAGGCCCGGCUGUUCUUGAGGCCGGAGGCGAGUUCCCCAAUCCCCCUGAAGUAGGGAGUACGUAUAGUGCGGGGCAAGAAACAACGUCUCGGGAAUUAUCAGAGAAGGAGGGAAACGCAAGUGAAAGUGCCUCGCGAACAACAAUGGCAUUUACAGAGCCGCAACAAAAAGCACCGGAGACUCAAGUUCUUUUAGGUUCAAGCUCUGAAAUCAAGGAUAGCAAAACAGAUGCUCAAGAUUCGGGUAAAGAAUCGAUAGGUCCAGUCACUAGACAGGCUGCAUUCAGAGGAAACCAGAAUCAGUCCAGUGCUCCACCAUCAUCAGUAUCUGGACAAAAAGCCAAAAUUGUGUCAGAGCAUCCUCUAGGCGGUCCUGGAAAUGGUGACAGUGAUAAAGCAAGUGGAGAGGGUAAUAGCGAUGAAGGUGGAACUUGGUAUAGAAAGAGUGAUACCCCAACAGAAGAAACAUUAGGGGGUCAAAAAGGCGAGAGGAAGAAGGAAGAAAAGAAGAAAAGCAAUGCGGAGCAACAAGCCUCCACAACACUGCCACCUCCAAGCCUCCAACAGGUUAAACCAGAAUUUGGAGUCACUGUGGUGUUCCACGUUUUGCUUGCAUCGAAUUUUAAAAUGACGGAGGAAAGUUUGUUUAUUCGUGCAAAUGGUGUGGAUUUAGGGGACUUUGACCUGAAUUGUGUUGAUAUGAUUGCAGCAGAAAGUGAUGAAAGCCAAGACAAAGACAAACUGACGCUUUUUCGUGGUCAGUUCACAGUAAGUCUUGAUCGGGCUCGCAACGGCACUUUCUACAAAUACGUGGUGGUCAAAAAAGGAAAGGUUCACUGGGAGCAAUUACCCGAGUUUCCACCAAAGUACGGCCAGAAGAGUAUCGUCGACCGGUUUCUUAAAAUCCCCGACAAGCAUAUUAAACAGGGUGCUUCGUGGAAUCAGUUUGACGGAGUGGCGUACGUCUACGGCGACAAAAGCAUGUUUUCCAGAAUGUGGGAUUCAGUCUUCUCUAGGGACAAGACGGUUGAGUAUCGCACAAAGGCGUUGCUAUGUUUCCUACCAAAGUGGAGGGGUUUUCUUGUUAACGAGACAACUGAAAACAUGGAUGCUACAGAGGCGAUAGUGAAACUUUACAAUGUUGUGAAUUGCCUCUCAAACGUUUGGAUACAAGAAAAGGGGCACCAUCGGGAAAUGCAACCCAUUAAUUUUGAUGUGCGAAAGGCAUUAACUGGCCUUUUGAGACCAAAGAUGGAGAAUAACAUUGCCCUCUUGACUGAAUGUAAGGUGGGGUCAACUGCACACGUCUCUGCAGUAGUUUCUUCGCUUGCCAUCAUAGUGCUGAUGAAAAAGUACUCUAUAGCAUUAAAAAGAGAGGAGGUAAAGUUAUUGCUGAGCUGCUUAUCACUUGAAGCUGAUCCAACUGAGAAGAGGUGUUCUGCUUAUGAAGUCGUACUGGCCGAAUUUAGCAACGGGUUAAGAAACUUCGCCGCCAGUGCAAUUGAAAGCCUUUGUAAUCAGUUAAUGAAGGACGCUUGGACAUCCAAUCCUGAAUGGCUUUUGGCUGUACCACUAUUACAUUUCUUACGAGGAGACUCGAAACCCUUUGAAGAGCCUAAGUUCAGAGGAUCGCCUGAAAGCUUGGCUUGGUGGGGAGCCCAGAAGCUCGAUAUAAGAGAUUUUCAACGAUCUACCAAACAGGAUUUUUCGGAUGUGUGGCCUCUUCUGGCGUCAGCCUUUGAAGUUGACCGCUUGUUGAAAAGAACCUUUCUACACGCAGUUCCUGUUUGGCGGCUACGCGAUAUCGUUUCAACAAGAAUGUUCCACGUUGCAGAUCUGUGCGUCGCUUUGAUCGAAUUCUUACCUCGUGGUUUUUUGUACAAGGAAGAGGAAAGUAGUAUCGAGCAGUGUCUUCAAGCCAUGAUCAACCUGUUGGACAAUGGGAAUGAAACAAACAGUUCCAAAGCGGACGUCGUAGAAUUUACAGUUUCUUCAAGUUUGAAGUUGGCCGAGGUUUGCCUAGAAAAGCUUUCUUUUCGAGAAAAUAUUGAUGUCAUCUGUCUGGCAAUCAAGCUGCUAUUCUCAAGCAUUCAACAGUGGCAAAGUGAUCCAUUAGACGGUGAAAACAAUGACAAGGUAAACAAGACUGACGUUGAAAGACUGAAGAAGAACUGCGUACGUGAAAUUUCGGAAAAACUCGUCAGCAAGCUCAAACGGAUAUUUUAUUCCGACAUGCCAGACAAUUACCAGAGUGAUGCCCUUAAAAGGGAACUGCAGCUCUGGAGUGUGCUUUUUAAAGUCUCGGAUGGCACUCAAGGAUUUGAAGAGUACCGAAGAUGUUUAACAGAGCGGUUUGUGUGCCGAACAAAAAGGAUAAGAGAAACCUGCCUCGUUGAGAUUUUUUGUGAAGUUGACCUGGAGAUAUACGACAGAGCCGUUGGGGAAUCCAUCAGCAAACUUGCGUUUGAAGCCGUGGAAAAGAUAAUACAGUCAAGACAGGGUGCAGAUGCUGACCAUGCUUUCAGGUCUUUAAGAAAUUCUAGUCAGCGAGGUGACGCAGGAGCAGUAAAGUACGGCCAACUUUUGUCAAUGUUGCUUACAAAAUCCUGGCCUAAAACAUCUCAGAGCCAGAGAAGGUUUGGCUUGCACCCUUGUACUGUGGAGUUUCUUCUCACCUGGAACCCGAUGGCUGGAUAUUUCCAUUUCUUUGGGGAUGAGUCUGGAAGAGGGAGUAUUUUAACAGAUGAAGGCCAAGAAACGCUGUCAAUGGCUCAGUCAGUACUUACGGCUCUUGUUGAAAGCAUUUCAAAUGCGUCAGUGACGGUUGAAAUCUUAGGUCUUUUACAGAAACACAGAAAGAAAUUCUUGGAACUGUUAUCAAAGAUAACUGUCCCUUUCGCCAAAGAAGGAACUGAGGCGAACACGAGGCAAGAAGGUGAAAAAAUCCUAGAUCAGCGAAUUGGAGAAAUCGAGGAAUUCCAAGCUGUAAAAGAAAAAGUGGCUUCCUUCGUCAACAUGUGUGGUUUGAUUGGGCCAGUCAAUAUUGGCAGUAUUAAGGAAAAAUCGCGUCAAGAUGUCUCCCGUUACCAAAUACGUGAGUUGUGCGAGCAUAAAGAUGACAAGCAAAUCGAGGUCACGUUCUUUAAACUACCCUCGGUGGCUAAAGAAGUUAUUUCGCCACUUCAUCUCUUGCAAAAAAGUUUAACUUUCCAAGAUCUUUGGACACGGUAUGGAAAAAAAGUGCAAGCAGCUAGAAAGAAUGACGAGACUAAGAAACCACAUCUCAGCAUCUCCGAAGUCGUUGAAAAUAUCUGGAAACCAGCUUUUCAAGAUUGGAACCAGCAUGCGGCUAGUACCAUGGACGGAACGAUACCCCUCGGAAAUGUGGACAAGCUCUUUGGCACUUACAAGAACAGGAAAAAAGAGCUUGAACGAGAGCUGUUGAGCAUGUUUGAACUGAGCCAAACUCAACCUGCCAGUAGAGCAAAGGAGCUGCAGACAACAGCUACUGAACGCGCCAAGCAAAUACAGCGGUACCAGCAACUUGGUCAGUAUGCGAGUGCCGCAGACACAAUCUGGAAAUUUAAGGAGUCAAUGGGUUUCACUGGUGACUUCAAAGUUAUCGAUGAUCUGCGUAAUCAGGUUUCUUAAUUUAUGUUUUCCACCUUUUUCAUUCAGACUCUCUGCUUUUUAUCACGCUCAAGAUACGAGAGCGGGUUUCUUUGCCUGGUGUUGGGACGUUUUAUUGUGAAUAUGUUCCUCGUCUUUGCUUUGAAAUAUUAUAUAUAAAAUGUUCUUAUUCGCGUCUUUGAUCUUGUACGUCGGACACAUGCAUUUACGUCCGAAUAUUCCUGUUUUCAUUUUAAUUUAAAUUUUACGAUUUAGUUGGCAAAAGAGUUCAAACAAAAGUCCCUAAACAGCAUUGGAAAGAGGUUUUCUGAGGCUGGUCGUGCACUUGAGUGUUUGGAUAUGGAGAAAGCAAAUUGCUUCAGGGCAGUGGUAAAGAGCAGUCCACUGGUGGAGUGGCUGCGUACUACCAUAAAAUGUAAGCACACUAUCUGUUAGGGUCGCUAGUUGGCUGUCUGAAUUAACGUGCCAGUGAAGUCAUAGGCCGCUUUAAGGACAUUCGCGCGAAAAUGUUCUACUCGAUAGAUUUCUUAAAACUUCCACUGCGGACAGAUAAUGAAUUACUUGUUUUAGGAAUUAACAAAAAUUGGGGUCACGGAAUUCGUUUCAGAGAUAAAGCGUGUGGAAAACUAGUCUGAUUUUAAAAAAUUGGCGCGCGUAAAUCAGCCCUUCAAGAGGCAAUUUGAAACCGCCGCACAGAUAAACGAAGAGCUAAAAAGAACGGACUUCGAUGGUGCAAUGUGCAAA